UUAUUCAUUUUAUUGAUGUUACUGAAAAUUUAUAUUUAUAUUUUAUCUAUUAGGCCAAACAAUGUGGAUAAAGAAGUGAAGAAACGAGGAGGUGGCUUUAACAAAUUAUGUAGCCUUUCUCCACAACUUCAGAAAUUUCUUGGAGUGUCUGAAUUGGCUAGAACACAGGUUGUGAAAAAAGUUUGGGCAUACAUCAAGGAAAAUAAUUUGCAGGAUCCUAAGAAUAGGAAAAAAAUACUGUGUGACAAGUCAUUGCUAGCCAUAUUUCGUGUAAACUCUAUUGAUAUGUUUCAAAUGAGCAAAGCCCUGUCCAAGCAUAUUUGGCCAUUGACUGUGGAAACUGAAAAUGUAGAGCAGAAGAUAGAAGAUGAAGAUAAUCAUGAUUUUGUGACAGAAGAUAACAAGACAGACGACGAAGAAAAAGAAGUAGAAGAAGAUGAAGACC